AUGGAAACAAAAACAAAAAAAAAUGCUGAAACUCGAAUAACAAGACAAGAAAGCAAUAUAAAAAAUUGCUUGCGCAAAAAUGUAGGUCGACAAACUUUUAAAGCUCUUGCCUCACAAGUCACCGCUAAAGGUGACUGUAAAUGGAAGAAAGUGAAAAUUGUUGGCCACGAAGUGAACGAGAAACAUCAGCAUUCCUCAGGUUGUCGAUUUGUCAUCGCUAUUUAA